ACAACGAAGGAAGCUCGUGUGGUAAAUUUUCGCGGCCUUCGGAGAGUCGGGCUCGUGCACCCGGACGAGAAAUAAACACGACCAACUUCUGACAACCGAAAACAGAGUGGAUAGAAAGAGCCGACGCCAAUUCCCGGAAGGUGCUGCAGAGUCACAUCACAUUGAAAGUAUGUAAAGAAGAGAAGUGACUGAGAGAGUGUUUAUCUCUGUUAACCGCUUCAGACCAUGGCCUAUUCAAAUUACAGCAGCUUGAACCGUGCACAGCUCACCUUCGAGUACCUGCACACUAACUCGACAACACAUGAAUUUCUUUUCGGAGCUUUGGCCGAGCUUGUAGACAACUCGAGGGAUGCAAAUGCUACAAGGAUUGACAUAUAUACAGAAAAAAGACCAGAUCUUCGAGGAGGCUUCAUGCUUUGUUUCUUGGACGAUGGCACUGGAAUGGACCCGGGUGAGGCAACGCAUGUCAUUCAGUUUGGCAAGUCUAGCAAGAGGUUUCCUGAAUCCACCCAUAUUGGCCAGUAUGGAAAUGGCCUUAAAUCUGGCUCAAUGCGUAUUGGCAAAGACUUCAUCUUAUUCACAAAGAAAGAUGACAAGUUAACAUGUUUAUUUUUGUCCCGAACGUUUCAUGAAGAGGAGGGGCUGGAUGAGGUUAUUGUUCCGUUGCCCAGUUGGGAUCUGAAUACGCAGCAGCCUCUUACUCAAGACCCAGAGAAAUAUGCUAUUGAGACUGAGCUGAUUUUCAAAUACUCACCUUUCAAGAGCGAAGAGCAGCUCUUCCAGCAGUUCAAAAAAAUUGAAGGAGCCAGUGGGACACUAGUUGUAGUUUAUAAUUUAAAACUUAUGGACAACAGAGAGCCUGAACUGGAUGUACAGACAGAUCACCAAGACAUCCUAAUGGCAGGGACACCUGUAGAGGGAGUGAAGCCUGAAAGACGGUCAUUUCGUGCCUAUGCAGCUGUCCUGUACAUCGAUCCUAGGAUGAGAAUCUUUAUUCAGGGACACAAAGUCAGGACCAAGAGGCUCUCCUGCUGCUUAUAUAAUCCUAGGAUGUAUAAAUACACAUCAACUCGUUUUAAAACCCGUGCAGAGCAAGAAGUGAAGAAGGCCGAUCACCUCGCAAAACUUGCGGAGGAGAAGGCAAGAGAAGCAGAGAGUAAAGCUCGUGCUCUGGAAUUGAAACUGGGAAAUGAUUUAUCUAAAGAGGCGAGGGUUGCCUUGAGAAAAGCACAAGAUUCAGCUGCAGCAUUGCGUGCAGAAGCUACACGAAAACAAGCAAUUUAUGGAUCUAAACAGAAGGCACUGAAGGAGCCCAAAGAGCUGAAUUUCAUCUUUGGUGUAAACAUCGAAAAGCGAGACCAAGAUGGUAUGUUUAUCUAUAACUGUAGUCGACUCAUUAAGAUGUACGAGAAGACCGGGCCACAGCUGGAUGGAGGAAUGGCAUGUGGAGGCGUAGUAGGGGUGGUAGAUGUACCCUAUCUUGUAUUAGAGCCAACACAUAAUAAGCAAGACUUCGCAGAUGCAAAAGAAUACCGACAUUUACUCAGAGCUAUGGGAGAAUAUCUUGCCCAGUAUUGGAAAGACAUUGGCAUAGCUCAGAAAGGCAUAGUGAAGUUCUGGGAUGAGUUUGGCUACCUGUCAGCCAACUGGAAUGCCACACCUUCAAAUGAUCUCAGGUUUCGCCGGCGCAGAGCCAUGGAGAUUCCUGUGACGAUACAGUGUGAUAAAUGUCUGAAGUGGCGCACAUUGCCAUUUCAGAUGGAUGCUGUGGAUAAGCGUUACCCAGAUAGCUGGGUCUGUCUCAUGAAUCCUGAUGGAAAGCAGGAUAGGUGUGAUGCCCCUGAACAGAAGCAGAAUUUACCAGUUGGUGUUUUAAAGAAAGACACCAAAACCUCAGAAGACAAACAAAAAGAGCUCUCUGAAAAAAUUCGCCAGCAGCAGGAGAAAUUAGAGGCUCUACAGAAAAACACAACGGUUAAGUCAGCGGCAGAUGUAAAACGGCUCCCACUGGAUGUCAGUGCAAAGAAUGCAGAGGAGCGUACAUCACAGACUGCUCUUCGGUCGUCGCAGCGCGCAGUGGCUCGUCCUCGUUCACCCCCACUCCCUGCUGUCGUCAAAAAUGCUGUCAGUCAUUCAGCUGCAGCUAAAACUGCACCUCCUAAAUCUACAGGAUCUUCGCGUCCUAGUAGAACUCCACCUGCUGCUACCACUCCUGCCAAAGCCAAACCAGCCCCGACCCCAUUCCCCAAAUCAGCAAAAGCCACCUCUAAAACCGCACCGACACCUCCUCCUUCAAAAGCAUCAGCUCGCAGGAGCCUAACACAAACUCGCAGUACAACACCAUCCUCCACAAAGACGGCCAGGCAAACAUCAGCCAGCAAGAGAGGAAGUGCCAAGAAGGGUAAAGCACAAAAAGAUGAUAAUGAGGAAGAAAGUGAUGAGGAAGAGGAAGAGGAGGAUGAACAGGAAGAGGAGGAGGAAAAAGAAGAAGAAGAAGAGAGUGAGGAGGAAGAAGAACCACAACCCAAGAAAUCCAAACUGGCAGCAUCUACUCAGCCUCGUGGAAAGGGAACAGUAGAGAAGAAGGUCCUGCCAACUAAACAGGCUAACAGCACAGAGCCAAUCAGCAAUAGCACCGAAGAAGAUGCACAGAAAAAUGCACAUAAAGAUAAAGGUUUACAAGUGGAGGCAAAAGUCAAUGGAGAAUGGUUCACUGGCCGGGUGACUGCAGUAGAAACAGGGAAAGAGAGUGUACGCUGGAAAGUAAAGUUUGAUUACGUCCCCAUGAACACUCCACGAGACCGCUGGGUAUUUAAAGGCAGCGAGGAUGUCCGUCUUAUGCGGCCUGCCUCACCAGAGUCACGAAGUCCAGACACCAAUCAGGGCCCAGCACGGUCUGUGACUCCGCCCACCGCAGCAGAGCCUGAUACGACCCAGAGCGGCCCGAGCAGAGAAACUACAGAAGGCCUCGUCACUAUGAUGAGGACAUUGCUGCGGUACUUUUUCCCACCUGAUUUCCGAAUUCCAAAAGAUUCUGUUAACACUAUGAGUGCUGAAGACCUUGUGGCUUUCCCUAUAAAAGAGUAUUUUCAGCAGUAUGAGGCAGGACUGCAGAAGCUGUGUAACUCUUACCAAAGCCGUGCUGAGUCUAGAGCUCGGGCAGUGGAGGAAAAGAGCAGCGGAGCAGAGGCUAAACUCAGAGAGUCGGAAGAAAAACUACGCAAACUCAGAACAAAUAUAGUUGCACUGCUACAGAAAGUCCAGGAGGACAUUGAGAUCAGCAGUGAUGAUGAGCUAGAUGCCUACAUAGAGGACCUGGUCACUAAGGGCGAGUGAGACACUCCAGCGCUUUCUACAUCUCUUCCUGUGUUUAUUUCACAGUAUCUUCUCUUCUCUUUUGAUUUCUCCUUUGUUCUUCCCUACUCUUGUGUUGACUGAUGGAAGGUCGCAGUAUUUCCGUUAUAUGUUCCAGCCUAAAAUUAGACUUGUGCAAGCAGUAUUUUCACACGACGUUCAGACAGCGACUUCACGCUUAUUUUUCCCCCCUAGCAGAUAACUUAUGAUGCAUAUAUUUUGAGCUUUGACCAAAGGAGCUUACAUGCUUCACGUCUUUUACAACACACAGACACUAGCCUCUCUCUCUUUAUAUUGCUCUACCUAUAAGAAUCAUUUAGUUUUUGGUUCCCAGUAUGACCUUGCAGCAUUAAGAGAGAAAAACUAUACUCUGAUAGAUAAGUCUGUUUGGAAAUGUUAUUACUGUAACUUUUAUGUUCAGUCCCUGCUCUUUUUUGUUCUUGUGGGUUUUGCAAGCAUUAGCGUGGGGUCCAGGACUGUUUAUUUUAAUUUCUUUUUGAAUAAGUUCAUUAUGGCUCACAACAUUUGGUCACGUUCUUUAUAUAUAAGUAUAUUUUUAAACACUUUUAAGAAAAUGUUCCAAUAAAAAAAAAAUUAGGAUGUUUAUGAAGUAUUCUGUUGUUUCUUCUAGAAUCUAUUAUUUUAAACAUGAUGGCAUAUAAUUCAAACACACAAUCUUACUUUUUACACAUUUGUUCAGUGUCAUUCAGCAUUGCUCCCCAUCCCCUCAAUCAAUAAAUCUUGUCUUAGGUGUUUAAGUUUAAAGCAAUUUGCCUAUUUAGGAUUUGAAGUGAUACUAACACACCACAGUGCAAAUUGCAAAGGAUAACAGCCUGAUGAAAAAUAUUACAUAUGAUUACUGUACAUGAACAUUCACAUUUAUAUUUGCAGACAUGAUUAGGCUCAUUACCUAAUUUACAUUUAUUACAUAUAAAUCACAUAUUCAUUAAUUGCACAUUAUCUUGGGGGGGAGGGGGAAUAAACUGACACAAGACUGUUUUCUGAGUUGUUUCUUAGUUCAAAGGAAAAAUAUUGUCAAAAUAUUUUAUUUUAUGAAAUAGGCAUGUGCCUAAUGUGUUAAGCAUUUUAUAUAUCUUUUUUCUUUUGUAUGUACAUUUACUUUAAAGUAGUCUUUACCUUGACAUUUAACAGCAACACUGCAAAAGUCUCCUGUUCAGACUGUACACAUAUUCUGCUGUAACUGUAUUGAUUAGAAAAAGAAAUACAUUUUUAAUGAAAUGUUCUUGAAAAUGUACACUGUACAGUCGUGGUAUUCUAAUUAUUCUUUUUUUUU